AUGCCACUGCCUUUAUCUAGUCCUUGUAAAGCCCUUGCUUCUACCGCCGAUGAAGAGAUGCCGCCGCCUUUACCUGGUCCUUCUCAUGCCCUUGCUUCUGCCGCCGAUGAAGAGAUGCCGCCGCCUUUACCUGGUCCUUCUCAAGCCCUUGCUUCUGCCGCCGAUGAAGAAAUGCCGCCGCCUUUACCUGGUCCUACUCAAGCACUUGCUUCUGCCGCCGAUGAAGAGAUGCCGCCGCCUUUACCUGGUCUUUCUCAAGCCCUUGCUUCUGCCGCCGAUGAAGAGAUGCCGCCGCCUUUACCUGGUCCUUCUCAAGCCCUUGCUUCUGCCACCGAUGAAGAGAUGCCGCCGCCUUUACCUGGUCCUUCUCAAGCACUUGCUUCUGCCGGUGAUGAAGAGAUGCCGCCGCCUUUACCUAGUCCUUCUCAAGCACUUGCUUCUGCCGCCGAUGAAGAGAUGCCGCCGCCUUUACCUGGUCCUUCUCAUGCCCUUGCUUCUGCCGCCGAUGAAGAGAUGCCGCCGCUUUAA